AUGGCGCAAUUCCUGGCGCACAGGACGCACCGCUGUCUCUCCGUGCUCUCGUUGCUGCUCCUUGCAGCAAUCCUCGCGUCAGACACGGCAGCAGCAUCGCAGCCUCCAGAGGUGACUGGGAAGCAGGAGAAGGACGUGACUCAGCUACAGAUAGGCGUGAAGUUCAAGCCCAAGAAGUGUGGUGCAACAGCUCACCUCAAUGACCGAGUGAAGGUUCACUACAGGGGAUUCUUGACGGACGGCCGGCAGUUUGACAACACAUACGACCUGGACGUUCCAGUGCAGUUCCGAAUCGGUGCAGGCAGCGUGAUUAAAGGCUUGGAGAGCGGCGUGUUGGGCAUGUGUCUGGGGGAGAAGCGCAAGCUCAAGAUUCCGCCGCAGCUUGGAUACGGCGACGAGGGCCACGUGUACGGCAUUCCGCCGGGCGCGACGAUCAUCUUCGACGUGCAGCUCGUGGGGCUGGAGAAAGCGCGGAAGAAGCGGUCCCGCGCGACGGCUUAA